AUGUCAAAAGAAGAAGCAGUAACUGCGACUUUGAAAUAGCGCUUAUCUGCAAUUCAGGACAAGGAAAUCUACUUUGAAGACAGGGACUCAUUUAGUGAAGAUGGGGUAUUGAUAAAAUUAAGUUUAGAAAUACGGAGAAUAUGUCCAAAAGCAGAAUAAAGAAAUUAUGAAAAAGGUUCAGGAACUUCUGAAUGAUGGAUAGUCCACAGUGAAUUAGCAGGAGGAAUAAAGUUUCGCUAUUAUGAAUGAGAAUCAGAAACAAGAAAUCUUAGAAGACUUAGAAGAAGAAUUUGGUUAGUCAUAUGCAGAUGCGAAGGUGAAGGUGAACACUUACAUAAAACUAAUUCCUAAAAAUGAAUUACAAUUGGCAUACAUUUAUAGUGACAAGUAAUUGAGUUGAUUAUUAGUUAGAUAUCCAAUGUUGGCCAUUCGAAAAUAGAUUUUAAUAUUCACAAAACUGAUAUCAUCAUAUGCCUAAUUAAUUACUACUCACCCACUGUUUGAGUUAAUGACAUUGUUAAUGAUUAUUUUCAACUCAGCCAUGCUUGCUCUAGAUGAUCCAACCACAGACGUUUAAACAUCUUUCUAAGAUUUAACAGAUAUUAUUUUUUUAGCCUAUUAUACAGCUGAGGCAGUCUUGAAAAUAGUAGCAUAGGUAAACUCUUAUAAAUAUUCAGGGAUUUAUAUUUCCUAAAAAAGCCUAUCUGAAAGACACAUGGAAUAUUUUAGAUUUUUCAGUGAUUAUAACUGCCUACAUUCCUUAUUUUUUGGCAUCCAAUUCAGUGAAUCUGAAUGCUUUGAGAUCCUUUAGAGUGUUGAGACCCCUAAGAACCGUGUCUUCAAUAAAGGCGCUAAGAACUAUUUUGUUAGCAUUAUUUGCAUCCAUAGCUCAAUUGAGAGAUGCAGUAGUGGUUCUGAUUUUCUUUUAUUCAAUAUUUGCAAUAGCAGGAGUCUCCUUAUUUUCUGGAUAUUUGAAAAGAAGAUGCAUAGGUGAAAUGAGUGGAAUCACAUGGAUUUCUGAUGAAAUAUUGUUCUGUGCUGAUGACAAUAAUUGUCCAUUUCCAGAAGAUACCAUAUACAAUGAGAAUUUUAUAUGUGGGAAACAAAUAGCUAACCCUUAGAACGAUUUGGUAAACUUCGAUACAUUUGGUUACUCAUUCUUAUAGGUUUUCAUAAUAACUACAUUGGAAGGAUGGACUUAAAUUCAAACAGCAGUUAUGCUCACGUUUUCUCAAUACGUGGUUUUAUACUUUAUUAUUGUUGUUAUUGUUGGAGCCUUCUUUUUGGUCAAUCUAACAUUGGCUAUUAUAAAAUUAAAUUUCAAGCCUGAGAAGAUUUAAGAAGAAUUGGCUUAAAUUAAGGAGGAAAUCGAAGAAUAUGAUUAUAGAUAACUUAGAUAACUAAAAUUAUAUGAACCAGAAAGAUAAAAAGUAAACACUGAAGGCUAUGGUAUCACAUGGGAUAAGCAUCACGAUUUCGAUCAAAAUGCAAUUAUGAAGAGAAGAAAGAAUUCUAGAGGAGGGGCUUCUUAGCUAAAUAUGAUUAGAUAGAAUAAUUUGAAGAAGAUGAGAGGCAAAAAUAAAGUAAGUUUUCAACCAAUCAAAUCUGCAGUGUAUUUUAGUAAUCCAAUUGUAUUGAAAAAUAAAUAAUUAAAAAUUGAAGGAAUUUAUGGGAUGGGUAAUCAGAGUAAAUUGAAUCAAUAACACUAAGGAUCUACCUAAAAUAAUAAUAAUAAUCGAUCUAGUGUGGUAAGAAGAAGCAGUCAAAGUAGUAACAAUGAUGAUAGAACUUCCUCUAAAAAAGAUGAAAAGAAUAAUAGCAAUAAUAACAACAACAAUGAGAAUGAAAGUCUGAGUAGACCCACAAGAUUUGCUCCAAGAAAGAGUAUGUAAUUUGGUGAACAACAAAUAAGUUCAGAAUUCCUGAAUUCUCCAAUGAUGGAUUAAUUGACUGAGAACAUCCGACCAUUAAAUGGAGGCACCAUGCUUGUUCAUCACAGAGGCUCUAUGGAAAGUAGUAAGAGUGGUGAAUCAAGACCUGACAAAACUCCAAUUAAUAAUCAACUAGAAAUACCUAAAUUGGGAGAGAGUAUAUAUAUUGAAUAAUAUUAAUAGUUAGACAAUAGUCUUAGAAUGUGAAAUCCAAUUAGAAGUUUAGCUUAGUUGCUGGUAUGAAAUAUUAGAAGCCUCCUAGAAAUUCACCUAAGCCUGAUUCAUAGAAGUCUUUGGACUAGAAUGAAUUUGACAGUGUAAAUUUGAGUGAGUUGAAUACAAUUUCCGAUGAUGAUCUUGAUAGAAGAUUAGAAGAAAUGGAUAUAUUUGUUUAGGAUAAGAAUGGAGAUUCUGAAAGUGAAAACAAAAACAAGCAAAAUUAGAAGGAAUUGAAUAGAUAAAAAAGAAUGGAAAAUAGGAGAUUAAGAGAUUUAAAUAAGAAUGCUUAAUAGCAUUUAGAUGAUACAUCACUAAAAUUGAAAUCCAAACUCUAUAAUACAAAGUUUUAUCCAAUCAUAGUAAUUGAUUAAGACUUUUGUAGUGUAAAUGAUGUAUUAGUUUCCAAGAUGCUAUUACAAUUAGAGAAGGAAAAGCUGGAGCAAGAAGAGAAAAUUAAGGAAAUGGAUAUUAAAAUUACUUAUUGCUUUAAAAAUUCUAAAUAAUCGUUGGAAUUGAAAAAAUCAAGUUCUGGCAAAAUAAAAAGUAUGACUAAAUCAGGCUAUUUAAAAUCUGGAAUGAAAUCUAAGAAAAACAACUUAAGUUUAAGAAGGGUUUAACCAAUAAUGGAUGAACUACAUCCAUUUGAAGAUCUACAGUUUCCAACAGACAAGAAUUUCGAGAAUUAGGAUGAUUAAAAUUAGGAAAAUGUCAAUGAAAAUUCUGAUUCUGAUGAUGAACCUGAAGAAAAUAAUGAGAAAAAUAAUAAUUUUAAUGGCAGUGCAAGUUAAAAAAUUAAAAUAAAAAAGAAAAAAAAAGAUUAAGAAUAAAAUGAUAAAUUAGAUUUUGAAUAAAUGGGUGAAAAAUUUAUGGAGAGUUCUGAUUGCAUCGUUGAUUUAAAUAGAAUUCAUUCUGUUGAAAUUGAAAAGUAAUUCAAUUAACAGGAAUUAGCUCUUAUUCCAGCAUGGGAACUUGAAUAACAAAAGGGUGUUUUCUACUAAGAAUAUUAAGAUAUUAAAUAAAAAGAUAUUGAAGAAAGUAAAGGAGUAAUUACAGCAUAGGCAUCUAUUGAAGAUGUAUUAUUAAUUGCAGAUUACACAUUUUAUGAUUAAAAGUUUGCAAAAUAAAUGAACUCAGUGAUGAAAGCUCUAAAUUAUUCAAGAAGAGAAACCUUCAUUUACUUAUAAGGAUUUGUUGGAUUUUUACGAGUAUGUUAAAACCAUUUAUUAUAUUUUGUUUAAUCUAGCUAUUUUGAAGCUGCAAUGAAUUUAGCAGUUGCCAUAAACACUGUCAUUUUAGCUUUAGAUGGUCUCCUACCAGAUAGCAGCGCAAAUACUUUGAAUUAAUUCAAUUUAGGAUUCACCAUCUUAUUUACUAUUGAAUUAGGAUUAAAGGUAAUAGGAAUGGGACCAAAAAAUUAUAUUUCUGACACUAUGAAUAUUUUUGAUGCCGUAAUAGUAGCAUUGAGUUUAGUAGAACUAUUUUUUCUAGGAGGAGGAACAAGUGGGAAAUCUUCAUUGUCAGCCUUUAGAUCUGUAAGAAUAUUCAGAGCGUUCAGAGUAUUGAGAGUAACUAAAUUGAUGAGAAGUUUACAAUUUAUGGGAUUUUUAAUAAAAGUAUUGGGAAAUGCAUUUCAAUCCUUUAUGUACAUUAUGGUUUUGCUUGUUCUUUUUAUUUUCAUUUUCACAUUGUUAGGAAUGGCAUUUUUUGGUGGACAACUGUCUAAAACUCCAAGUAGAUAGAGCUAUGAUGAUAUUCAAAGUGCCUUUUUAGUAGUAUUUUAAGUGCUCACCUUAGAGAAUUGGAAUAGCAUAUUAUGGGACUUGUUGAUUUAAGAUGUUUCUGCAUUUAUUACAGUUCCGUAUUUAGUGUUUUGGAUUAUGAUUGGUAAUUAUGUCUUUUUGAAUCUGUUUCUGGCUAUUUUACUAGAAAAUUUUGAAGAGGAAUACAAGAAUGAUAAAGCAGGUCUAGACACUAAUAUUGAGAUUGGACAGGAUUCUAUUAUGGACAAUACAACCUAAGCUGUAAACUCGACUAGCACUUUGAAAUCUUCAAUGAAAACAAAGAAAGCCACUGUUGCUAAAAAUUUAGAAAAUAAUGAAGAUCCUGAAUCAAAGAAGCAUAAGUAAUUCUAAUAAGUAUUUCAAUAUUUUGUUGAACCAGGACUGUGUUAAUUCUCAUUAUAUAUGUUUUCUCAAGAAAACAUCAUUCGAAGAAUAUGCUAUAGAAUAGUAAAGGAUGAUAAAUUUGAAACACUUAUUUUCUUUAUGAUAUUUCUCACUUCAGCCAAAUUAGUGUUUGAUACUUACAUCCCUGAUACUGGAUAAUUAAAACAAACAUCAUUGCAGAUAGAUAUCUUUUUUGCUGUAUUUUUUGGAGUUGAAAUGAUUAUGAAAAUAAUAGCUUUUGGAUUUGUGCAGCAAGAGAGUUCAUAUUUAAGAGAAUCAUGGAACAUAUUAGAUUUCUUCAUUGUUAUAGCAUCAUUUAUUGAUGUUAGUGUUUCAACAAUCAAUCUGAGUUUUGUGAAGAUCUUAAGAUUGCUUAGAACAUUAAGACCAUUAAGGUUUAUCACUCAUAAUAGAUCAAUGAAAAUUUUGGUGUCAGCAUUACUAUAAUCAAUUAAUGGUAUAUUCAACGUGGCGAUAGUUGUAGUAUUGGUUUGGAUGAUGUUUGCCAUUCUUGGUAUAAAUUUAGAGAAAAACAAACUGCAUUAUUGUGAUAUGGGAGAUGAUGAAAUAUAUUAUCAUUAUGGACCAGUGGAGUGUGCAGACAAAGGUGGUGUUUGGGCAAAUCGAAAAGUUAACUUUGAUAAUAUUUUGAAUGGCAUGUUGACUUUAUUCAUAUUAUCAACAUUGGAAGGAUGGCCAGAUUAAAUGUAUUGGUUUAUUGAUGCAGAUGAGUCAGGACCAAUUAAGGGAGCUUAGUUGUAAUUUUCUUGGUAUUUCAUUGUAUUUAUAUUGGUUGGUUCGAUAUUACUGAUGAAUCUAUUUAUUGGUGUUAUAUUGGUCAAUUACCAUUUAGCAGAAGAAGCUUCAAGAGAUAAGAUUUUAACACCGCCACAAGUAGAUUGGAUUGAAUUAUAAAAACUGAUUGUUCAUGCUAAUCCAAAUUUGGCUAUGUUUUUUAGUCCUGAGAAUCCCUUUAGAGCCAAAGUGUUUAUCAUUAUUAAGCAUCGUUACUUUGACCCAACUAUUUUAAUGAUUAUUGUAUGCAAUAUCGUGACCAUGGGAUUAUCUUAAGAUGAUUCUCCAAUUGCUUAUGACAGUAUUUUGUAAUCUCUUAAUACUGCAUUCACUUUUGUAUUCAUCACUGAAGCACUCUUGAAGAUCAUUGCGUUGGGACCAGUAGGAUACAUGAGGAAUUCAUGGAAUCAAUUUGANCUCGACUAGCACUUUGAAAUCUUCAAUGAAAACAAAGAAAGCCACUGUUGCUAAAAAUUUAGAAAAUAAUGAAGAUCCUGAAUCAAAGAAGCAUAAGUAAUUCUAAUAAGUAUUUCAAUAUUUUGUUGAACCAGGACUGUGUUAAUUCUCAUUAUAUAUGUUUUCUCAAGAAAACAUCAUUCGAAGAAUAUGCUAUAGAAUAGUAAAGGAUGAUAAAUUUGAAACACUUAUUUUCUUUAUGAUAUUUCUCACUUCAGCCAAAUUAGUGUUUGAUACUUACAUCCCUGAUACUGGAUAAUUAAAACAAACAUCAUUGCAGAUAGAUAUCUUUUUUGCUGUAUUUUUUGGAGUUGAAAUGAUUAUGAAAAUAAUAGCUUUUGGAUUUGUGCAGCAAGAGAGUUCAUAUUUAAGAGAAUCAUGGAACAUAUUAGAUUUCUUCAUUGUUAUAGCAUCAUUUAUUGAUGUUAGUGUUUCAACAAUCAAUCUGAGUUUUGUGAAGAUCUUAAGAUUGCUUAGAACAUUAAGACCAUUAAGGUUUAUCACUCAUAAUAGAUCAAUGAAAAUUUUGGUGUCAGCAUUACUAUAAUCAAUUAAUGGUAUAUUCAACGUGGCGAUAGUUGUAGUAUUGGUUUGGAUGAUGUUUGCCAUUCUUGGUAUAAAUUUAGAGAAAAACAAACUGCAUUAUUGUGAUAUGGGAGAUGAUGAAAUAUAUUAUCAUUAUGGACCAGUGGAGUGUGCAGACAAAGGUGGUGUUUGGGCAAAUCGAAAAGUUAACUUUGAUAAUAUUUUGAAUGGCAUGUUGACUUUAUUCAUAUUAUCAACAUUGGAAGGAUGGCCAGAUUAAAUGUAUUGGUUUAUUGAUGCAGAUGAGUCAGGACCAAUUAAGGGAGCUUAGUUGUAAUUUUCUUGGUAUUUCAUUGUAUUUAUAUUGGUUGGUUCGAUAUUACUGAUGAAUCUAUUUAUUGGUGUUAUAUUGGUCAAUUACCAUUUAGCAGAAGAAGCUUCAAGAGAUAAGAUUUUAACACCGCCACAAGUAGAUUGGAUUGAAUUAUAAAAACUGAUUGUUCAUGCUAAUCCAAAUUUGGCUAUGUUUUUUAGUCCUGAGAAUCCCUUUAGAGCCAAAGUGUUUAUCAUUAUUAAGCAUCGUUACUUUGACCCAACUAUUUUAAUGAUUAUUGUAUGCAAUAUCGUGACCAUGGGAUUAUCUUAAGAUGAUUCUCCAAUUGCUUAUGACAGUAUUUUGUAAUCUCUUAAUACUGCAUUCACUUUUGUAUUCAUCACUGAAGCACUCUUGAAGAUCAUUGCGUUGGGACCAGUAGGAUACAUGAGGAAUUCAUGGAAUCAAUUUGACUUUUUUGUAGUAUGUGCUUCCAUUUUGGAUCUGAUAUUGUAAUUCACUGGAAAUUCAUUUAUCUCAUUUUUAAGUGCAGGACCACAAUUGGCUAGAGUGUUCAGAGUACUUAGAGUAACAAGACUAUUUAGAUUGAUCAAAUCAUUUGAAGGAUUGUAGAAACUUAUAGAAACAGCAAUUUACUCAUUACCUGCUAUGUUGAAUGUGACAGCUCUAUUAUUUCUCGUUUUCUUCAUCUUCUCUAUACUAGGUGUGUUUCUCUUUGGAUCCAUCAAAAGUGGAUGGGUAAUAGAUGAUGUGAAUAACUUUUCAGACUUCCAUCAUUCCUUUGAACUCUUAUUCAGAUGUUCAACAGGAGAAGAUUGGUACAAAGUCAUGUUUGACACUAUGUAAGACGGCUAAGGUUAUUAUUGCAUAUUCUUCAUUAUUUUUAUUGUGAUCCAAUAAUACAUUAUGUUGAAUUUGUUCAUUUUGAUUAUUUUGGAUCAAUACGAAAUCAACUAUUUCAACAGUGAUAAUCCCCUUAACAAAUUUUAAGAGUAUGAAAAUAUGUUUAUUGAAUCUUGGUCUAAAUUUGCCAAGGAAGACAAAGGAAUGAAGAUGAGUCAACAAUUAUUAGUACCAUUAUUGCUUGAUAUGGAAAAACCCAUUGGUUAUGAUUUGAAAUAGAAAUUAAAUGAUGAGAUUAGUGAAUGGAGAAGAAUCAAUCCUCAAUUAGACACAAAAGAGAAUGUCCAAAAGCAAACUCAGAUUCUCAAAGCUUAGGCCAAAAGAGCUGUUUCUACCUAAAUCAUGAAGAUGAAUAUCUAUGCUGAUAAUGCAGGAUAGGUCAAGUAUCAUUAGAUAUUGUUUUCUGUUAUGAAAUCCUACAUGUGGAAAAAGGUGUAGGUGAAUUUAACUCCAGAAGGAGCUGAAAAGAUUCUAUAGAAGGAAGACGAAACCUAAAAAAGAUUGAAAAAGAAGUAGGUAGGUGUUCAUUCAAAGGAGGUGAAUUUAGUUAACCCUAUUGUACACUUCUUAUUUGUUCAUAUGGCUUUUAAAACUUUAAGGAGGUAUGGAGAAAAGAAGAAGCAGCAAAAAGAGUUGCAAGCUCAAUUAUUACUAGAAUAGGAGCAGGAACAUUAUAGCGAUGGAUUUAGUUCUGAUUCCUCUUUUGAUAAUAAAAUAGAGAUACUAUCCAGAAACUCAAAGGAUACUGAACAUCCAAAGAGACCAGAUUAUGGCAGAACAAAGUAUCUGACUCUUCCCAACACUGAAAUCUACAAGGAAGAAAUUUGCAUCAAUCAAGAAACUCCAAUCGUAAAUGAUUCUGACCGAAGUUCAAGGGAGGAGGAAGAAGAACCAGAUGAGGAUGGUAUUUAUUUUAUCUUAUUCUCUUUAAGUCAUGUAACAGUAUAAUAAGGACUUUAAAAGGCAUCUCGUUAAUCCUAAUGGAUCAAAUGGAAAUAUUUAGGAUGAUAAAAGUGCCAGCAAUCUAGGAGGGGGAGGAAAUACAAGAAGCAGUUAAUCUCGAACUAGUCAAAUACCCAAAUAGCCCAAGAGACUGACUCUGAAACCUAGUGACUUGAUUUCAGGAUUGGGAGCUAGCAAGAAAUCCAUCCAAUCUAAUCAACCUCCUGCCAAUCAAAAUCCUAAUGUUUCUUAAGACAAUCCAUCAAUUAUGAAUUAAAGUAGUGGAAACAGUGCUAGUAAUAAAUGAUUUAUAUAUAUAAAUUUG